CUCUUCAGCUGCUCUCCCUGGCGGCUGCCACUGAGGCCCCGCCUGUGCCCUCUGCCUGGGAGCGCGGGGCCGCCUGUCUGCGCGGUCUAGAUGCGCUCAGGUCAAUGUUCCCUUGGCGGUUGUCCCCAGAACCCAUAAGUAGUGACUUUUCACCCUGGCGGGCAGGGAAGCAUCACAGGCAUCUGCAUCUCUUCCCUGAUCUUCCUCUCGGGGCAUCGUUUUGUUCUGGGCAGUUCGGUAGGUGACUCGGCCCCUUCUUCCCAGGUCCCCAUCCACGGGAGCCGGGGUUCAGGCCGGCCAGGCGAUCUGCCAUGAGCCAGAGCCCCGGGUUCGUGACCCGGAGGGGCGGCUCUACCCUGGCUGCCCCUGGAGCCGGAACGCGGCGCAACGAGAGCCAGGACUAUCUGCUGAUGGACGAGCUGGGAGACGACGGCUGCCCGCAGCUCCCGCUGCCGCCAUAUGGCUACUACCCCAGUUUCCGGGGUAAUGAAAACAGACUGACUCACCGGCGGCAGACGGUUCUCCGUGAGAAGGGAAGAAGAUUGGCUAAUCGGGGACCGGCAUACAUGUUUAAUGAUCACUCGACGAGCCUGUCCAUUGAGGAGGAGCGCUUCCUAGAUGCAGCGGAAUAUGGCAACAUCCCAGUGGUGCGGAAAAUGCUAGAAGAGUGCCUCUCCCUCAAUGUGAACUGUGUGGAUUACAUGGGCCAGAACGCCCUGCAGCUGGCAGUGGCCAAUGAACACCUAGAAAUUACAGAACUGUUACUCAAAAAGGAAAACUUGUCUCGAGUUGGGGAUGCUUUACUCUUAGCAAUCAGUAAAGGUUAUGUACGGAUUGUGGAGGCAAUCCUCAGCCAUCCAGCUUUUGCUGAAGGCAAGAGAUUAGCGACAAGCCCCAGCCAGUCUGAACUCCAGCAAGAUGACUUUUAUGCCUACGAUGAAGAUGGGACACGGUUCUCCCAUGACGUGACACCGAUCAUCCUGGCUGCCCAUUGCCAGGAAUACGAAAUUGUGCACACACUCCUGAGAAAGGGUGCUCGGAUUGAACGGCCCCAUGACUACUUUUGCAAGUGCACAGAAUGCAGCCAGAAACAAAAGCACGACUCAUUCAGCCACUCCAGGUCCAGGAUAAAUGCCUACAAAGGCCUGGCAAGCCCAGCCUACCUGUCACUGUCCAGUGAAGAUCCAGUCAUGACGGCUUUGGAACUUAGCAAUGAGCUGGCAGUACUUGCCAACAUUGAGAAAGAGUUCAAGAAUGACUACAGGAAGUUGUCCAUGCAGUGCAAGGAUUUCGUUGUUGGCCUCCUGGACCUCUGCAGAAACACAGAAGAAGUGGAGGCCAUCCUGAAUGGGGACGCAGAGACUCGCCAGCCCGGGGACCUCGGCCGUCCCAACCUUAGCCGCUUAAAGCUUGCUAUUAAAUAUGAAGUAAAAAAGUUUGUAGCUCAUCCGAACUGCCAGCAACAGCUCCUCUCCAUAUGGUAUGAGAACCUCUCCGGCUUACGGCAGCAGACCAUGGCAGUCAAGUUUCUCGUGGUCCUUGCAGUCGCCGUUGGACUGCCCUUCCUGGCUCUCAUAUACUGGUGCGCUCCGUGCAGCAAGAUGGGGAAGAUAUUGCGAGGACCAUUCAUGAAGUUUGUAGCGCACGCAGCUUCCUUCACCAUCUUCCUGGGGCUGCUCGUCAUGAAUGCAGCUGACAGAUUUGAAGGCACCAAGCUCCUCCCUAAUGAGACCAGCACAGAUAAUGCACGGCAGCUGUUCAGGAUGAAAACAUCCUGCUUCUCGUGGAUGGAGAUGCUCAUUAUAUCCUGGGUAAUAGGCAUGAUAUGGGCUGAAUGUAAAGAAAUCUGGACUCAAGGCCCCAAAGAGUAUUUAUUUGAGCUGUGGAAUAUGCUUGAUUUUGGGAUGCUGGCUAUCUUUGCAGCAUCAUUCAUUGCAAGAUUUAUGGCCUUCUGGCAUGCAUCCAAAGCCCAGAGCAUCAUCGAUGCCAAUGACACUUUGAAGGACUUGACAAAAGUCACACUGGGGGACAACGUCAAAUACUACAAUCUGGCCAGGAUUAAGUGGGACCCUUCUGAUCCUCAAAUCAUCUCUGAAGGUCUUUAUGCAAUUGCUGUGGUUUUAAGUUUCUCCAGAAUAGCUUACAUUUUACCAGCAAAUGAAAGCUUUGGACCUCUGCAGAUUUCACUUGGAAGAACAGUAAAAGAUAUCUUCAAAUUCAUGGUCAUAUUCAUCAUGGUGUUUGUAGCCUUCAUGAUUGGAAUGUUCAACCUCUACUCCUACUAUGUUGGUGCAAAACAGAAUGAAGCCUUCACAACGGUUGAGGAAAGCUUUAAGACACUGUUCUGGGCUAUAUUUGGGCUUUCUGAAGUGAAGUCGGUGGUCAUCAACUACAAUCACAAAUUCAUUGAGAACAUUGGUUAUGUUCUGUACGGCGUCUAUAAUGUCACGAUGGUCAUUGUUUUGCUAAACAUGUUAAUUGCAAUGAUCAACAGUUCAUUCCAGGAAAUUGAGGAUGAUGCUGAUGUGGAGUGGAAGUUUGCAAGGGCCAAAUUGUGGUUUUCCUACUUUGAGGAGGGAAGGACACUUCCUGUCCCCUUCAAUCUGGUGCCGAGCCCAAAGUCCCUGCUUUAUCUCCUGUUGAAAUUUAAGAAAUGGAUGUCUGAGCUGGUCCAGGGUCAUAAUAAGAAAGGCUUCCAAGAAGAUGCAGAGAUGAACAAGAGAAAUGAAGAAAAGAAAUUUGAAAUCUUGGGAAGUCAUGAAGAUCUAUCAAAAUUUUCACUUGACAGAAAUCAGCUGGCACAGAACAAACAAUCAAGUAUACGGAGCUCAGAAGAUUUCCAUUUAAACAGUUUCAGUAACCCUCCACGACAAUAUCAGAAAAUCAUGAAGAGACUCAUUAAAAGAUACGUCUUGCAGGCACAAAUUGAUAAGGAGAGUGAUGAGGUGAAUGAAGGGGAACUGAAGGAAAUUAAGCAAGACAUCUCAAGUCUCCGGUAUGAACUCCUGGAAGAAAAGUCACAGAACACAGAAGACCUAGCAGAACUUAUUAGAAAACUCGGGGAGAGACUGUCCUUAGAGCCGAAACAGGAGGAAAGCCAGAGAUAAUGCAAGGCCCCUCAGAAAUGCAUAUUUAUUUCUGCACUUGAAGCCAUAUUAUUAUCUGAUUUAUUUUUUUAAGUGUUGAUGAUAAAAAGUAUGUUAACUGAUAACUUGGAUCACCGCGAGUCCAAAUGUCAACUUUUUUGUGAUUAAAUUGCAUUGUUGAGGCUAAAUAUUGCAGAAAUGUUGAAAAGUCUUCUCAGUUCCUUGGAAUUUGUUUUCUGGACAGAUUUCUUUGUAGCGGGGAGUGAGGAGGUGACUCUUGCACUGAUGUUUGCUUGGGAAUGGGUCUCAG